GCAGUGAAAGUGCAGUGCUGUGCCAAUGAUCACAAGGUUGGAUCAUGAAGAGAUCGAAGGCAGAUCAGAGAAGUGGAGGUUGUGAACGACCUGUUCGAAUGAAAAGACGUGCGGGGAGAAGAGCUGACUUUUGAUAUAGACAGUAAACGAUAAGAUUUCUCGAUAAGCUCGAAUGUCAUCGCUGCGCCAGCUACAACCUCCACUUCGGCUAGAAUGCCGUCUGACUUGGCUCAACAUCGGCAUGCAGGGAGAGGUUUCAGAUCAUUAAGCUGGAAAAAUGAACAGAGUGAAACAGCAGCAAUGGAGUGUGGUCUGCAGAGAACAGGUGGAGCUUUCAAGAAACGUCCCAACAGUGUGGAUUCUCAGGAGGGGAGACGAUGCCAUUGGCACAGAGUUGUGAUCAAAGUCAGAGCAGAGUCUAUACAGUGACGGAAUCCCCCCAUAGUCGUCUUUGAGAGGCUGUCAGCUGAUUGAUGUGUGCACGCAGUUUGAGAGAGGUCGUUGUAGACUGCAGAUUGCAAUUUGUUGUUAAACUCUUCCUCUUGUGCUAGGAUGUAGAAAAGCAAACUGAAAGA